AUGAAAACAAUUCAAUGCGAUGGAGCGCCGUACGAGAUUGGACAGGCACAUGGAGUGGGCGCAAAGGAAAUGAUUAGCCGUAGUGUCUCAUUUUACCAGAAGAUGUUUCUGCAUACUUGCAAGAUGGAAUGGCAUACGGUACGCGAAAUCGCCAAUGGCUGGCAGGGUGAAAUUGAGCAGAAGUUGCCGAAGUACUACAAUGAGAUCCAGGGUAUUGCAAAUGGUUCUGGAUUACCAUUUAUCGACAUUUUGAUACUCAACAUUCGCACCGAGAUCGCGUUCGGAAUGUUCAAUGAUGGGUGUACGAGCUUGUAUUGGAAAACCCAGACCAAAUCCUUUCUAGCCCAGAACUGGGAUUGGAUGGAAGAGCAAAAGCAGAGCCUUGUUAUCUUGGACAUUACCAGGGACAACGGACCUCGAAUCAAGAUGAUUACCGAAGCUGGUAUAAUCGGAAAAAUUGGACUUAAUGAAUUCGGCGUUGGUGUAUGCUUGAAUGCCAUUAAGGUUCCGGGUUACGAUUUGUCGCGUCUUCCAGUUCAUCUUGCGCUUCGAUCAGUACUGGAUAGUCAAUCAGCCGAUGAUGCUGCUCGGUGGCUACAAGAAAUUGGAAUAGCUGCGUCAGCUCAUAUUCUCAUUGCUGAUAAAGGCAAGGCUUUCGGGCUGGAGUCAACCGCAGAGACUAUCAGAAUUAUUGGUAUGGAUAAGGAAAACCGUAUUGUUCACGCAAAUCACUUGCUGUUGGAACACGAUGGUCCCGUGGAUGCUGGCUGGCUGGCAGACUCGCCUCCACGACAGCAGCGUAUCCAGCAACUAACUUCGGAAUUUGGCUCAUCUACGGAUAGAGAACCAGAUGCAACUGAUAUCACACAUAUUUUGGAUGACCAUGAUGGCUUCCCAUUUUCUAUAUGUCGUUACGAGGAAGGUCCUUUGGGAAUGGAUGCUACACUUUUCAGCAUUGUCAUGGAACUUCGGGGAAGAACUGCCACUGUCUACCUGGGAAGGCCUUGCCAACCCGAAGAAGUGAUAUUAUUGGAUUUUUAA